AUGCCUCACCGCACGUAUAGCCCCCCAGGAGAUGUUCCUAUGCUGGAGCCAAUCGCCAUCUGUGGCAUGGCAUGCCGUUUACCAGGUGGGGUGGACUCUCCCUCCUCGUUCUGGGAGAUGCUCGUGAAAAAGCAAUCCGGCCAGACCUCGCGAGUUCCUGAAUCCCGUUUCAAUAUCGAUGCCUAUUACCAUUCCAAUCUGGAGCGUCCGGGUUCCUUCAAUGUGCCCGGCGGAUACUUCCUGGAUGGCCGUCCGGAGGACUUUGAUCCCACAGCGUUCAACAUGACCCCUAUUGAGGCCCAAUGGCUGGAUCCCCAGCAACGGAAGAUCCUCGAGGUCGCCUACGAAUGCCUGGAAAAUGCUGGACUCUCACUGGAGUCGGUGGCAGGCUCCAACACUGCUGUUUUUGUGGGAUCAUUCACCUCGGAUUACCAACAAAUGUCAAUCCGCGACCCGGACUUCCGUCACAACUACGCAGCCACAGGAGUGGACCCUGGCAUCAUCAGCAACAGGGUCGGCAACAUCUUCAACCUCAAAGGCCCUAGCUUCACCAUCAACACCGCCUGCUCCUCGUCCAUCUAUGCCAUCCAUAACGCCUGCAACGCCCUUCGCGCGCGCGACUGCGAUGCUGCCCUGGUCGGUGGAGUCAAUCUAAUCAUCACCGUCGACCAGCACAUGAACACAGCCAAACUUGGAAUACUCUCCCCCACUUCGACCUGCCACACUUUUGAUGCGUCGGCUGAUGGUUAUGGCCGCGCCGAAGGGGCCGGUGCCUUGUAUCUGAAGCGUCUCCAGGAUGCAAUUCGGGAUGGGGAUCCCGUUCGAGGAGUGAUUCGAGCAAGUGCAGUCAACACAAACGGAAAGGUCGAAGGCAUGGGCAUCACCCAUCCCAGCGGCAAAGGGCAAGAAACUGUCGUCCGGAUGGCAUACGAGAAGGCCGGACUAGACCCGAAUGCCACUGCCUAUGCCGAACUGCAUGGAACGGGAACUCCCGUAGGCGAUCCAAUCGAAGUCCGGGCCAUUGCCAGUGCGAUGAACGACACCCGGUCAACGGAGAAGCCGCUUCUCUUGGGUGCUGUUAAACCAAAUAUUGGCCACAGUGAGGCCGCUAGUGGCAUCUUUGCCGUCAUGAAAGCUGCCCUAAUGACGGAGGCCGGUGUGAUCCCCGGUGUUGCCCACUUUCAGCGGUUGAAUCCAGCCAUCCACGAGAAGGAGUGGAACGUCAAGGUCAAUGUCGACACCGCCCCAUGGCCCCAGGAAUUCAACGUCCGUCGAGCCAGCGUCUCCUCUUUUGGCUAUGGAGGCACCAACGGUCAUGUCAUUAUCGAGUCGGUCGAGGCUCUCUAUCCCUGGUACCAGCACGCCCGUGCCAAGCGCGAUGCUCCCUAUACGCGCUCCUAUGAUAGACCAUUCGUGCUGUGCUUCUCGGCUCAUGACAAGGCAACGCUCGCACGAAAUGUUACGGCUAUCAGCAAGGUGGCUGGGGAUUACUACAUGAUGGAUCUGGCAUACACCCUCAACAUGAACCGAACACGAUGGGGACAAAGGGCAUUUGCCAUCGCUCGUGAUGCUCAAGCGACUGAAGUGUUUGAUCAGUCUGCAGUGCAGUCUGGUGUGGCUUUCCCUGUGCCUCCCGAAGUCGGCUUCCUCUUCACCGGUCAAGGCGCGCAAUGGGCAGGAAUGGGACAGGUAGCAGCGAAGACAUUUCCUUCCUUCCUUCGAACGAUCCAGAAACUUGACCACAUCCUGGCCCGCCUGGACCCGGCCCCUUCCUUCCGUCUAGUUGAUCUCCUCCAAGGCGAUAUCGAGUACGUCUCGCGCACCAUCAAUGAGGCUGAAGUUGCCCAGCCCCUUUGCACAGCUGUCCAGAUUGCGCUUGUGGACCUUCUCUCCGAAUGGGGUGUGGCCCCCUCCGUCAGUGUGGGACACUCGUCCGGGGAGAUCGCCGCGGCGUAUGCUGCCGGUCUUCUAUCCGCUCCUGAAGCCAUGCUCGCUGCCUAUUGCCGCGGUCGUGCCGUCCACGGACACUCCGGCCAAGGGUCGAUGCUGGCCGUCGGACUGGGAGUGGAUGCCGUAGGUGAGUAUCUGGCUCCUUAUGCACCGGAACAACUGUGCAUCGCUUGCGAGAACUCCCCCAGCAGUGUCACCCUGAGUGGAAUGCCCCAGUAUGUGCGCGAGGUUAAGGAAAAGUUCGACAACGCCAAGGUGUUUGCGCGCGAGCUCAAGACGGGACGAGCCUAUCACUCACCUCAUAUGGCGGCGGUCGGUGCGGCGUAUGAUGACCUGUUGGCCCGCGCUCUUGUCACACUCAGCAAGCAUGAUCUACGCUGGCGCCGUCCCCGAUCAGCUAUGAUCUCUUCGGUGACGGGCCAGCCGGUGGGCAUGGCGACGGACUCGCUUCCUCCCUCAUACUGGAGCGAUAAUCUGCGCUCGCGCGUUCUAUUCGACACCGCGGUUCGCAUCCUGGGAACCGACCCUGCCUUCCAGCAGGUCAAAUGCCUCGUUGAGGUCGGGCCGCACUCGGCUCUGGCUGGUCCCUUCAAGCAGAUCUGCCUCUCCAAUAAAUUCGAACAACUGCGAUAUAUUCCCUCGCUGGUGCGCAGCAAAGAUGACGCUGAUCAACUGCUGUCGGUGGCAGGCGCCCUGUUCGUCGCCAACUAUCCUGUGGAUUUGGAGGCUGUGAAUACAGUCGAGGAGAGCAAGACAGACCUCAGAUUUCGGAUGCCCAAGUCACACCGUCUGCUCGUGGAUCUGCCGCCGUACCAGUGGAACUACGAGAAAAGCUACUGGGCAGAACCCCGGGCGAGUGCAGAACAGCGCAGUCUCAUCCAGCCUCGUCAUGAUCUGUUGGGCCGGCAGAUCACCGGGCUGUCGACGCAGUCGCGGGUGUGGCGUAAUGUCCUGCGUCAUCGCGAUCUUCCAUGGCUCAAGGACCAUGCGCUGGGUGGUGCCGCCAUCUUCCCGGCAGCGGGCCAUAUGUCGCUGGCAAUCGAAGCUCUGCGCCAGGUGGCCGAGACGGAACAAUGGCAGGUUGGACAGGUUCGCCUGCGUGAUGUCGAUAUCAGCACCGCGCUCGUGGUUCCGGAGAGUGAAGCGGGGGUUGAGAUUGUCCUGCGACUGGAUGUCCUGGCGCACCAGCAGCCGACUGCAGGCAACAGCACUCCCUGGUAUGCCUUUUCCGUCGAGUCACUCUCUGAGGGGAAGUGGGUUUCUCACUGCCGUGGCAAGAUAUCCGCCAGCCCUGAUGAUUGUGACAAGGAUCAGUAUGAACACCCCGUGGAAGCAUCCCGACUCACGCAGCGCGUCCCGGGCAAGCGCUGGUAUGAAGCCUUCCACCGCGUAGGAUUCUACUACGGCCCAACUUUCCAACAGUUGGGGCAGGUGCGCACCGAUCGCCGAUACCAGCACGCCGAGGCUGAGGUGCGGGUGCGGGACCACUCUGAUGUCGUUCAGGAUGAGUCGCGGUACGUGAUCCAUCCCGCCACCAUCGACGCAUGCCUUCAGCUCAUCAUUAUCUCUAUUCACCGCGGCAAACACAAGGAGAUGCCCUGGGGUGUGGUACCCAUCCGUCUGGAGGAAGUGACGCUGCGGUUCCCGAGCGACGGGGAAGAAGGAUCCAUGGGCACGGCAGUAGCCUGGACCGACAGCUGUGAGGGCCGCUACUUUAACACGCACACGCAACUGAGGGGACAGAGCGGCCGCGUGUUGGUCGAUGUGAAGAGCCUGCGUUGUGUGGCCUACGAGGCGGCGGUCCCGGCGGAUGCGGCGAGCAAUGCAAUCGACCCAGCUCCAUUCGCGACCGUUUCCUGGAAGCCUGACGUUGCUCGACUGCGGGAAUCGUCAUAUCCCACGGUGUGGCCAAAGGGGUCAUCCGAGGCGCAGGUCCUCGUGUCAAUGGUUCAAAUGAUCCAUCAUCGGCAUCCACUCGCGGCAGUCCUGCUCUGCGGCCAGCAUACUCCUGACGUGGUUGAUGCAGUAUCAGCUGUCCUCCCCAAAUCCUGCAGUGUUCGUGCCGUCCAGAUGAGCGAACUUGAGGACUCUCAGAGCUCGAAUGCCGCAAUUGCCGGUCCCCUGGACUUGGUGGUGGUCGAUGAAAGUGUGUCGGGGGGCCGUGAGGCGAUCCUGGGGCUGAUGAAGGAAGGCCAAUGGUUGAUUCAGUCGGGGCCUGACGAAAAUUUGCCUGUUGUGAAUGGCGUCAAGGAUGAGAAUGCUCUGUAUCCAGUGCUCGAGGUUCCUGUUGCGGAUCCACAGAAGGGAGCACGUCUUAUCCAGCUCCUCGCCCGAGGCAACGUCAGGUUGAUGGACGCUAUUCAGAAUGAGCAACUGGAUGUCCUUAUCGUGCAUGAAUCCAGUCAGAGCGAGGAUGGGCACCUUAUCGCCCACUUGUCAGACAAGGGACAUACUGUCAAAAGCACGACCGUGGACCGGUUCACUCUCCCAGGGAACCAAGAGAAUGAAGUCGUUAUCAUCGAUGACCGCCAUGGUACUCUGCUCAGCGGGAUGAGUGACCAAUCCUUUGAAGCUCUCAAGUCCCUGAUCCGGGCCAAUCUACCCACGGUCUGGUUGACCCGAGGCGUCCGACAAGGUGCUUGCGUCUUCGGAGGCAUGGUCCAGGGCUUCUUGCGUGUCAUCCGGUCCGAGCAGGCCUCAGCAAGGAUUGUGCAGUUGGACGUCGACCAGGAGGAACAGCCGGCAGAUGUGGCAGAGGGCCUUCUCAGUGUGUUGCGGGACGCCCCGACUAAGGAUUCGGGCAAGGAUACCGAGUUCUGGCUGCACAAAGGGAUAAUGAAUAUUGCUCGCGUGGUUCCCAAUCAUCAACUGAACACAGAAUGGGCGCCUCCUGCUUCCCUCGCCUCUCACGUUUCUGAGGUCAAGCCACUACCAGACGGCGUCCGCCUCAAAUCCUCCAUUGUAGACGGGCAGCUCAGCUUGACGUACGACGAGCCGGAACCAUCAUCCGCCCUCGGGGCAGACGAGAUUGAGAUCCAGGUGCUUGCAUCUGAGCUGCAGACCACUCCUAAUAGCCCAAUAGUGGUUUCCGGUCGUGUGCUUCGUUGUGGCUCCGCAGUUCGUGCCGAUGUUGCGGCUGGCGAUCAGGUCAUUGGCUACUCGACCGAAUCAUUGACCACUGUCGUACGGACUGCUUGUUACAUCCGCUGGGAUAACUCCACCAACAGUGACAUGACGACAACCCUGGCGAGUGUAGCAGCACUUUCCAAGGUGGUCAACAUGUGCGUCACAACAACGGGUGUCAGCAGCAGUGACCAGAUCCUCGCACUGCCUGGUCCAGCACCCACACUGCAUGCACUGGUUUGGUUAGGCAAGGCAAUGCACUGGGAUGUUAGCCUCCUCGCCCGUUCUCCAGAAGAGCAACAGGAAUACAUCAGCAAAUUCAAUCUUGACAACGGCAGUGUCCUCCUUGCCGACGAUAUCCGUACAGGUGUGCGUGAAAAGGACCGCAGAUGGGUCAUCCUCGCUCACGACUUUUCUCCCCUGAGUCAAGAAGUGUGGAGGCAGCUUCCCGCUCGCAGCGUCUUCGUCUUGAACGAAGCUUUGCUGGAUUCUGCACCAGACCCGUUACCCUUCUCUCGUGGUGCGUCGUUCAUGCCAACCAGCGUAAAGACACUGCAUACCGCGGCAGCGUCAGAGGUCCUCCAACGGGCGCUAGAUCUCGUCCAGAAAUACCCAGGGCUGGCAAACGACAUCGCGUCUGUGCACGAUAUCAGCGAAUUCAGUCAGUCCAACAACCAUGUCCAUGCAGUUCCGGCGACUAAGAUCGGUGUCGUCACGUACCGCUACCAUGACAGCCUUGUACGGGUCGCUCCCCAGCCGUUACGCCUGACCUUUUCCCCUGAUGCCAGCUACCUCCUCGUCGGGUGCCUCGGUGGUCUGGGCCGCAGCCUAACCCGCUUCAUGAUGGAACGUGGUGCGAGACACUUUGCCUUUGUUUCGCGUACCGGUGCCGACAAACCAGAGGCGGCCCAUGUAGUCGAUCUUCUCAUUUCCGCUGGUGCCUCUGUCAGGGUAUUCCGUGCGGACGCUGCGUCUGAGUCCGAUAUGGUCCGCGUCGUCCGGGAGGUCAAGGCCCAGCGUCCCAUCCGGGGCGUCGUCCAUGCCGCAAUGGUCCUGCGGGACGGAGUUUUUGAGCAGAUGGAUUGCCGCAGCUUCCAGGCAGCAGUGGAUCCCAAGGUCCUGGGCGCUGUGAGCCUCUCCAAGGCGCUGCAGGGUGUCGACCUCGACUUCUUUGUCAUGACUAGCUCCAUCUCGGCGACACUGGGCAAUCCCGGUCAGAGCAACUACAGCGCGGCCAACAGUUUUCUGGAUACCUUGGCCUGGCAGCAUCGGCUGAACCACCGGCCAGGUGUGUCACUGGUGCUUCCCAUGGUGCUGGACGUGGGGGUGGUGGCCGAAAAUGCAGCCAUCGAGACCUCCUUGCUCCGAAAGGGUAUGUACGGGAUCGACGAGCAGGAGAUGCUGCGCGGCUUCGAAGUCGCCAUGUCCCGCGCAGUGUCUCCGGUGGCGUCAUUGGAAGAGGUUGAGGAUACGCAGAUCAUCCUGGGUCUUGAACCGGCGGAAUUGGCCAAGGCAGUGCUCUCGGACCAGACGGUCGACGCCUACUGGUACCAGGAUGCCCGCUUCGUCCACCUCCGAGCUGAGGUGGAGCGCAUCGGCCAGACUGCAUCCUCGUCCUCUUCCCGGUCAGACGGGCUCCAGAGUCUCCUUGCGACUGUAGGGUCUGCAGAGCGCGACGAUAUCCUGACCGUGAUUGCUCAAUACAUCGCCCGGCGUGUCAGCAGUAUCUUGCUGAUCUCGGCUGAGGACUUUGACCUAAAUGGACCCUCCAUUGCGAGCUACGGCCUAGACAGUAUGAUUGGUGCGGAGAUGAGGAACUGGCUAUUUAAGGAAUUUGGACUUGAGUUCUCUUUCCAGAACUUGCUGUCGCCCUCGUUGACGUUCAAAGGAUUGGCUGAGGUGGUGGCCAUGCAUCUGGGCGUCAUUUCUGGCAACUGA